CAGUCUGGCCUUCUUCGGUUUUCCCUUCGCGGGUUGUGGAUGACGCUCAUGGCCUGAAGAGCCUGCAAAACCCUAUGGCAGAGGACGUCCCAGUGGACGUGAACAGCGGAGAAGCGGCGGAGCAGCGGACAGAGCGAGGUGAGGCGUCGCCCGCUGUGGCACCGGUGGAGCCUGUGGAGCCGGUGGAGCCCGUGGAGCCGGUGGAGGCAGAGGCGAUAGAGGUGGGCGAGGUGAUCGCUCCAAACGACAGGAGCACAGCGCAGUUCUCCGGUGCGGAGAACGAUGCCAUGAUCACCGAGGAUGCACCACCGGGCCACCCCAUAUGGCAGAUCAAGAUUUGCAAGCACAUUGGCAACAACGGGCUCUACGUUCGGCUGAACCUCGCGGGGAAGAGCACCUCGUUCACUGUGACCUACCUGCGACAAGGAUCAAAGGUGGACUGGAACGAUGCGGAGCGCAUCCUGCGCCUCUGCGGCGCCGAGUUGUUGGAGGGUCGGCCGGUGGAAGAUGUCAAGAAAUUAAGGGUGCUUUUGUUGAACAGAUGCAUUGGCAAGGAGAAGGGGGACACCAUGAGCUUGCUCGAACAGUGGCGCAGCGCGGCACGACCGAAGGAUGAAGCGGUCACUACAGCUUCCAAGGAAGCCCUCCAGGAGGAGACCACACCCAAGAGAGCUGCCUCCAAAGAAAGCAUUGAGGCAGCCCCGAAGGAGCGACGAAACAAGCGCAAAGAAGCUAUGGAGCCAACUGCCCAGGAGCAGCGAACUCCAAAACGGGCCAAAGAAGUGGAGAAUGGCAUCAAGGAGCCAGCUCCGAAGAAGGCAAAGGAAGUCGAGGACCUUCACGCGGCCGUUCCCGCAGUGGCGGCGCCACGCCCGGUGGCUGCUCCAGAGGACUUGGACUUCGAGGCUUUGGGCAUCGAGGAUGCGCCAGACACGAGCCUUGCAUGGAGCAAGGUCGUCUACUCCAAGACCAAGAAAGCCUGCACUUUUGGGUUCAGAAGUGAAGGGACGACGACCUACUUCCAGACGACCGUGGGCGCUACCUUCGGAAACCUCGAGGCGGCCAUGCGGAUCGCUCGUGCAUGUUACCAUCAGUUCGAGCUAGGGAAAUCCAAGCCAGAAGUUGAGCAGUAUCGCAGCGAGGCCUAUGCCAGGCUUGGAGUGAAGCCAAAGGUGGCUUCGAGCCGAAGCAAGGUGUCUGCAAAGGCGAAGGAGGAAGCGGAGGAAGCGACCUCCGCUCCACCCAAGCGACGCGCGCAGCCGCAGCAGCGUGACGAGCAGCGUGAUGAGCAGCGGCCGUCCAAGCAGCGGCCGCCCAAGCGAGGGAAGAGGGCGGAGCUGGAGAAGAACCAAAAGGAGCAGCUCACGGUCGCCGUCGAGCGGCUCACGGGCGCCGUGGAAAUCCUCGGGCGUGCACCGAAGAAGAAGAACUCGACCGUGAACGGACUCUACUUGCGACUUCCAGACUUUGGCGGCUCUGCAGCCUACGAGCGUUACCUUCCCGCAGGCUCCUCGGAGGCCAGGAGACUUCUCUACUACUCCCAGGAGAGAGCACGUUGGAAGAUCGCCGAGGGCUUAGGCGACCGCAGGAACUUUGCCUUUUUAAAGGUCAAGGACGGUGGCCAACGACCUCCCUCAGAAGCUCCGAAAGAAGAGCAGUGGACCUUCUUCGAGGGUAAAGAACUCGGAUGGCAGCAGGACCCGGACGUGAAGUGCGUGCAGUAUGUGAAGCACGAUCGCCCCGCGCCACCCAAGGCUAAAGCUGAAGCGGCUGUCAGCUCCGACUCGGAGGGCAGCAGUUCCAGCGACAGUGAGGGCGAAAGCAGUGCUUCCAGCAGCGCUUCCGGCUCUUCCCCAGGUUCAGCAGGGCCGGCCGUCGCAAAGCCGGAGCUGAGCGCGGCAAGCAAAGGCAGCCGUGCACGUGCCUGCGCGAAGAUGAUGGUACGAGCGGGUCUCCGCUGCGGUUGCCACUUCGAGACGCAGUGCCCCGAGCGCUCGCGUGGCCACCGUGGUCCUCCAGUGGCCACUCCAACAUGAUGGCCAGCGAAAGCCCGUCGAAGUCCACGACGAGUGAAAAAGACAUUCCACUGCGUUGAACCUCAACCCUCAUGAAGACCCUC